AUGCUGCUGCUCCCUGAUUGGCCAACUACAUGUAGUUUUAAAACUCAGAUUUCAUGGAUUCCAAAGCCUCUGUCUCUGCAAUCUCCAUCUGUGUUAGGUGAAGCGACCUGCCCUGACCAGCGGCCACACUUAGUCAUGACGCUAUCAACAGGGGUCGUUCAACCGGGGCCCCCGCUGGAAGGCGAAUACCUUCCUCGAAGCAUAUCAGUGUAACUAGCAUAGCAUACCAUCCGCCGUUUACCUUCGGGGGGCGUCUGCUCAACCACGGG